UAUAUUCGUAUAAAUAUACAAAUAGGUACGUCGUAAUAAUAUACUGCGAGAGGUGCGUUUCGUGUGCUACCUACCGCUGCGUUACUGCGCCGCAUACGCAGUGAUGCGUUUCGGCGGUCCGCGACAGCAGUAAUAUAAGCGAACCGCAAUGAUGACCAUGAUGAUGAUGCAACGUCUGCUCCAGAACAACAACAACAACAACAACAACAACCCCAACAACCCCAACAACAACAACAACAAUAACAAUAACAACAACAACGGUUACGCAGACGAGAUGAGACUUAACGGCAUACGUCACCAUUCGGCGAGUCCGUUUUCGAAACCGGCCGCCGUACAGGCCGCGGCUCCCGACGGCUGCGGCGGCGGCGAACCGGAAGCGCUGACCGGCCGCAACGAACCGCCGCAGCUACAGCCCGUCGCGCCGCAGUUCGCCUGCACCGGCGGCACCGCGGCGGCCGCCGUGCAGGCCGGACCGACGUGCACCACGGUGGUGACCGUGGCCGCGGCGGACGACCGGUUGACGUCGGACGAGGACGACGAGCUGAACGUGGACGAGCUGAACGCGGACGAGGACCCGGUGGACCUGACCAACAACCGGUUGCACGGCGGCGGUCAUCGAGUCGGCCACGGACUGCUGCAGCACCAGCAGGCCGGAAGCGCGGCCGCCGUCGUCCCGAUGGACACAGCGGCCGCGGCCAACGAUUACGAGACGAGCGGUGGCGGCGCCGGCACCGGCGGAGGCGCCAACAGCAAAGGCCGGCUCGCGUUUUCCGUCGAGAACAUCCUAGACCCGAACAAGUUCACCAGGAAACUCAUGGCGCCCUCCGCCGUUUUGCCCAGGUGGAGGCCGCGAGUCGACUUCGUCGCCGAUCCUCCCGGCACCGGCGAAGAAUGUUCGCGCAACUACAUAAUGGACGAGGACGACGAGGACAUCAGCGUGAGCGGCGACGGUUGCGGCAGCGAAAUGAGCGACGACCGGGACAAGGUCAGCGGCGACGGUAGUUCGUCGACCGGCGGUGGAGGCGGCGUCGGAGGCAGUGGCGCGAAAAAGUCCAAACCUUCCGACCACUGCGGCGGAGGAGGAGGAGGAGGCGGCGGCGGCGGCGGUUCGAAAAACGGAGGCAGCGGCAAACCGCGUCGCGCCCGGACGGCGUUCACGUACGAACAGCUGGUGGCGCUGGAGAACAAGUUCAAGACGACGCGGUACCUGUCGGUGUGCGAGCGGCUCAACCUGGCGCUGUCGCUGUCGCUCACCGAGACCCAGGUGAAGAUAUGGUUCCAGAACAGGCGGACCAAGUGGAAGAAGCAGAACCCCGGGCUGGACGUGAACAGCCCGACGGUGCCGCCGCCGGGUCCGGCCGGGUCGUCGGCCACCGGCGGUCCGCCGUUCUUCCACCCGCUCGCCUAUUCGGCCGCGCACCACUACCAGACGCAGAGCUACUCGGCCGCCGCGGCCGCCGCGUACUUCCAUCACCUGGGCGCUCACCACUCGACGAUCGGCGGUCACCAUCCGCCGUCGUAAUGAACCCGUUCCUGUUCCUGUGUAUAAUAUUAUAAUGUCUAUUUAUUAUGUGAAUCGCGCGAAUACAAAAUUAUAGCGACGGCGGCGCGAGACGGCGUUAGAUCUCAAAAAAUUAUAUAAUAAUUGUGUAUGACGGCGUCAAAAAAGGUCGCGGUAAAACCGCCCCGACGACGACUUACGGACGAGACACCGCGACGACAGUAACGAUGUACGAGCAGCCGCCGCCUAUAUUGGACUUGCUGCGGGUUGACCCGAAUUCGGGGGGAAGUGUCAACGUGUACAUCUCGCGUAAGCGAAUUUCCAAAAAAGUUUAGUCCGUUUUUCCGAUUUUAACGCACAUUUCUUUAACGAUAACGUCGCUAUUUUCGCGUCUCGUCUAUGUACCUACAUUUUUGGCAUUUAUUUUUCACACGAUUUGAAGUCGAUAUUUUAUAUUUUUAUCGUAAUAAAUGUUUAUAAAAUACGACAACGUAAACAAUACACAACAACGAAUACUCAUUGGUAUACACCAAAAUUUAUUUUUUAUUUUUUUUCGUUCGGUUUCGAUAAAUGGAUUCAAUUGCUACUACGAUUUCCAAAGUAAAUCCAAUAAGCGGCGACUGCUUAAUUCUAAUGUUUAAAACAACAUUAUAUGCGUGGUGGUAUGGUCGUCCCAAACACACUUUUGUUACUCGACAAAAUCGUUUACCGAUCGAAGUAUCCAAAUCCAGACUGUAACCCGGUAUUUACGGUAUCUAUUCGUUAUGGAUACCGAAACUACCGGUAAGGCCGUAAUACCCACAGAACCCACCACGUUAAAUUACAUAUUAUAUAUAUAUAUAUAUAUAGGCGAGUCGUAUACUCGCGUAUAAUUAUAACGUUAUGUCGUCGUGAUGUUAUGGUAUUACAUAGCUAAUAUUAUGUUUUCCGUAUACCCCUACUGCGCCCAUCUUCCCUUUAAAUCUAUACGAUAAUGUGUAUAUUAGGUACUUAUGUAAACUAUUACAAUUUUACGUCUUAUUCUUGUUAAUAUCAUAACAUAAUAAUAUUAAUAAAUAAUGUAUAUUGAACAACGGAAAUGAUCAUUCGCAGUGAUCCGAUCCGUGUCCGCAAUAGUCGAGUGAUCGACACACAUAAAACAUACUAUAUUAAUAUUGUGUAUGUAUAAAAAUGUUGUUACCGUACUAGCGAUAUGUUAUGUUAUGUAUAUGUCAUGUAAAGUAGUAAUAAAAUACGGCCGACCCUUACAAAAUGUAUCGGUUGGUUUUCGAGCCGAACCUUGAGGUUACCUUUAUCCUUACAGGGUGUUUCAACUGUAUGUGGAUCUGUAAAAGCUUUGAGUAUGACAUCAUGUCAGCGAGUGAAUUCGAAACAUUUUUAGGCGUAAUACAAAAGUGAUACCUUUAUAACACGAUUGUUGAGAUAUUACAGCAUCAAGUGUCGUACCAGUAUCUGAUAUUUUUGAAAAUCUCAUGAUAAAUACCAAUCCAAAAUAACCGUUUUGGCUACGAUAAUUAUUAUGAAAUAUUUCAUGACGAGUUAGUUUGAGAUUCAAUAAGAUAAAAAAGUACACUCGGUAAAUACCAUCACCGAAAAUACAACAUUAUUCACAAAACACGAAGGUUUUCGAUUGAGCUCAACUGACAUGAUGUAAUCAUUAGUAAUUAGUUUAUACAGAAUAAACUGAAUCACUCUGUAGUAUAAUACAUGUCAAUACACCUCGUGUAAACUCAUGAAAUAUAUGUAUAUUUUAUACUAUUGUUGUUUUGUUAAUCUGUUUUUAUGUUUAUUGUUUAUAUUAUUAUUAUUAUUACACACUCUUUGGCCAUUUCGGCAAAGGUAUUAUCGAAACAGUUUUUUCGUUUAAUUUUAUUACAUAUCCGAUCUGCAAACGCCCAUCAAUUACAUUUUGCAAUAUUAUAUCAAUUUAAUACAAAAUAUUACUAUUUUUAUACUCAUUAUUAUUGUUAGAUAAUAUUAUAUUGUUCAUUAAUCGUGUUCUCUUUUUUUUUUUAUUAUUAUUACUAUUAUUAUUUUUGGCUUUUAACCAAAGACACAACAUCAAACAUUUGAUGCAGUUAAACCAUAUUAUAUUAUAUUAUUUUACCUACGUUAUUGUAUCGUCAAAAUAUCGAUUUAGCUUCGAUUUUUGAACUAUAAACACUAUCAUGCUGCAUAUAGUCGAACCGGUAUUCUUUUUGUUUCUCGUACGUACCACAAAUAUAUUAUUGUAACAUAUUAAUAUAUAGGCGUGUACACAUACAUAAUAUUAUAUUGUACUAUAGAUUAUCAUCGUAGGAUUAGGUUGGUUUUUAUUGUUUGUUCGGUACUCGUAAGUAUUGCUAUAUGUGUAAAUAAACUAUGAUAAUAUGUAAUAUUAUUAUAUUAUGUUCGUUGUAAAUUACUACCACAUGUACAGUAAUAAAUUAUGAAAAAUAAACGGACUACCUAUUAUGUUCGCUCGUAA